CUAGAUGAUAGCAUUCCAUUUCUCCCACUUCCGCCAGCAUUCGACUCCCACAAUCGAGAAAAUUGGGCAUCAUUGUCGAAGGAGAUUGAGACAUGGCUGGUAUUGGAAGUGGAUCCAGAGUCACCAUUGUGGACUUGGGGACAUGAUGCCUUUUGGCUAGCAUUUAUUGGCACAUAUCCAUACUUCCUGAGAGACAGAUGGCCAAUGUGGGAUUCUCGAGUACCGUUGCAAGGUACAUUCAUUGAAGCAUGGUUAGAUCAGUUGAGCGGCGCAAAGGCAAAUUGGAUUGGAGUACGAGGCAUCAAUGAAGUACUUGAUCAUGUUUGGACUGAGUUCUGCAUGCAUGUGGCCCUCUUCUAUCCCAGUCCCCUUAUUUCUUCUGACUGCCUUCAGGAUGAUCAAGCUUGCACUUCACAUGUUUCAGUAUGUUAA